AUGUCUCAUGGUGCAACGACCACCGCUCAAAAGAUGGCUUUUACCAAUACUUCACGAUCGUUUAAUCCCAUGUCCUCCACCAACGUCUCCGACAACAAGACCAUGAACGGGUCUCUAAGCACCACUUUCGCGGGCAAGAGCAACGCAUGGGGUUCUAGCAGUAUCUGGAGCGGUGGAAUAACAAGCGCGUUGACACCGACGACCAGUGCACGGGAAAACUCCAUGUCUCGUGACAUGGCGUCCCUACCUCCUUCGACUGUUCCAGAGGAGAUCGAAGGCAAGACUGGCUCUGGUUCUCUCGUCGACUCAUCAGUCUCCGAAGGUACUUCAUGGGCUACGAAGCGCAAUGGUAUCCCUGGACGUGGCAUGUCAAACAAUCGCUACGUGGAGAACACGCUCCCACAGCAGAGAAGCAUCAGCAAUGCUGGACUUCAACAUAAUCUCUUAGACUCCAAUCACAGCCUCUCAACCUUCACCACACGACCACCUACCAUCAACUUGAACGCUUCCUCUUCAACACAACCACGACACAACACGAGCUCGGCAUUUUCCGGCAGUCUAUCUGGACGUUCCAGCGAACAGCCGCCUUUUAACGUUUACACGAAGUUUGACCGACCCAGCGACCCUAUGCAGAGGAAACCCGACUCCGCAAUUGGCUCGUGGGCAGAUUCUGCCACCACACCUUCUCCUAGUGAUGAGCGACGGCCCCAAUUCCCUUUCCAACUCAGCCGCACAGCUAGCAUGCCGACUUCGCGAGAUGGCAGUCUUCCGCCGUCUCGACAUACUGAUGAAAUGCCCAUGUUCACGCGACCAGACUAUUCGCGACCAUCGCAUCAACCAACACCGAACAGCUCACGUGCACCUUCAAUCUCGUCUUCGAGGAACGGCUACUAUCUCAACGGCAAUGCCGAUCAGAUGGCAUCGCAGUUUGGACAACUUGCUCUCAACGGCGACAGUCGACCAAACACUUCUUACAGGCCAGCUUCGUUCAAGAAUGGCUAUUCUGGAUCGAUAGCAUCAUCGACAGGCCGGUCAAAUAUGCCGACGCCUCAACUUUCGAUUGAUCGGUCUGAUGAGGUGGAGGAAAGCGAUCGCGCGAACAUGAAUUAUCUAGGACUUGACGACUUCCCCCCAACGCAGCCUUCCAAUACUUACUCUGGGUACUCUGGCCCAUCUUUCGCCGAACGUUACUUACAAUCAGGCAACACUUAUGAGUUCAGACCAGGUCAGCCUUACAUGGGCAGCAAUGGUCGUCCAUACGAAGGCUCAGGCAAUCCGAAAACAUCCGAAUGGCAAAAUUAUGCGAAUGGACCGCUUGCCAUGAAUCGGCGUUCACCGGGUGUGCCAGACCAGCAAGCAUACCUUGACCCCCAAUUCCAGCAACUCAUGGCUGCCCAAUUGCGUGGCCCGUACGCGGCAAUGUACAAUCCAUAUGCGAUCCCGAACGCAAUACCAUUUAAUGGCGCGUCACCAUACAUGAGUCUGGUGCCGAUGGGCGUUCACGGCGUGGACCUUGCGCAAGCUGCUCGAGAUGCACCUGUUGGAGACGGUGUGCAGAGCGCGUUGAUGUACGAAUUCAAGUCGCAAACGAAGCAAAAGCGCUAUGAGUUGAGAGACAUCUACGACCACAUCGCCGAAUUUAGUGGGGAUCAGCAUGGCUCGCGGUUCAUCCAAACCAAACUCGAAACCGCCAACUCGGAUGAAAAGGAGCGAGUGUUUCGAGAAAUCGAACCAAACGCCAUCCCGUUGAUGACCGAUGUUUUCGGCAACUAUGUCAUUCAGAAAUUCUUUGAGCAUGGCGACCAGACUCACAAGAAGAUCCUCGCGAACAAAAUGAGAGGGCAGGUGCUCUCGCUGAGUCUGCAGAUGUACGGCUGUCGAGUUGUGCAGAAAGCGCUUGAUCAUGUCCUCGUUGACCAGCAAGCAUUGUUGAUUGGUGAGCUUGAGGGACACGUAUUGAAGUGUGUCAAGGACCAAAACGGCAACCAUGUCAUCCAGAAGGCGAUCGAGCGCUGCCCAUCGACCAACAUUGGCUUCAUCAUUGCUGCUUUCCAGGGUCAGGUGCAGUCUCUCAGCAUUCACCCGUACGGCUGUCGCGUCAUUCAACGCUGCCUGGAGAAAUGCGAUCUCCCAUCAAAGGCAAUGAUCAUGUCUGAGUUGAUGGAAGGCUUGCAGACUAUGAUCUCAGAUCAAUUCGGCAACUACGUCGUCCAGCAUAUCGUUUCUCACGACGAUGGCAAGCCAAAGCGCCGAGUGUUGGGCAUCGUUGGCCGUGGGCUUGAAGGUUACAGCAAGCACAAGUUUGCCAGCAACGUCGUGGAAAAGUGUUUGGAGAAGGCCGACAACGACUGGCGUCGAGAAGUCCUCAUCACGCUCAGACAAGCUAACCAACGAAGGACGGAAGGCGAAGGUGUGCUCAUCGGUUUGAUCAAGGACAACUUUGGCAACUAUGUGAUUCAAAAACUUCUCGACACUCUUGCCCCCGACGACUACUUCUUCUUCGUGGAUUUACUUCAGCCCGCCAUGGUGCAGACAAAACGCAAUGGAUGCGGCAAACAGGUUCUCUCGAUUGACAAGAAGAUGCAUCGCUUCGAUUCUUACCGUACCGGCGGCGCUCCAAUUGGCACAACCCCUUUCAACCGCAACGGCUUUCAGCUGCAGAUGCCGACACCGCCGUUCGCGAGCAAUUACACUUCUGCUGCGACCACGCCGCCUCCACUCACGGCCGACACCCAAAGCUUGCAGAGCUCUGGUAUCCCUAGCGUCAAUGGCGAUACCGUCGAGGGAGCGACGCUCAUGAGCAGGAAAGGCAGUGAGCCAUCACCGGACACUGCCAUUCAGCGGUGA